AUGGCGGAAGAUACGGCCGGCAAGACCCAGGCUUAUGCCUGGUGGAUCGGGCUUGCCAUUCUAUUGUUGAUGAACAUUAAGAACUUGCCAUUCAUGUGGCAUGUCCGUUUCAUCCGAGCUCUCACAACCCGCCUUCGAGGCCUCAAGCACCGACGACCGCUCAGUCCGGAAUGUCUAUUCCUCCCGGCUAUCAGCGCCACGCGCGCGCCGCUCACUGAGUGUGACUACAACUUCCACAAGUCCAACUCAACUUACUUUACCGACCUCGACAUCUCGCGCGGCAACCACAGCUUGCUACUUUUCGGCAGCGAGAUCAUGACGCGCUACGGACAGAAGAAGCCGGCCAUGAUCCUGGGAGGCGUCAAGUGCGUCUUUCGCAAGGAGAUCAAACCCUACCAAGGCUACGAGCUGUGGACGCGUGUGCUCAGCUGGGAUGAGAAGUGGAUCUACAUCGUUUCCCACUUCGUUGAGCGUGAUCAGUUCGUGCCAGAGGAUUACUAUCUUCAGCCACGCAAGAAACCGGGGCCCAGAAACAAUGCGGCUGGUAAGCCCGACGUUGCCGAGAGAGAGCCUCUGAAGAAGAUUUUCGCGUCGUCUAUUUCCCGGUACGUUUUCAAGGAGGGGAGGGUGACGGUUCCACCGGAGAAAAUCCUGCGCCAAGCUGGGUUGCUUCCUGUCGACUUGCCAAGUGAAGAUGGCCCGGCUUCAUCCCUGGCGAAGACUGUGGAAGACGUGAGGAGGGAGAGGCUCGCCAUUGCUCAGUUGAGGGAUGGGUGGGAUGGGGUGCAUGCACUUUUCAAAGGAAAAGAAAAAAUGGCACUCGGUCGCUACACGGACCUUCUGUGGCGGUGA